AUGCUGGCAGGCCUCUGCGUUCAUCGUGACACCGGGACGCCCUUCACCUCACUUGCGAAGCCCGUAACAAGGGACUUCGCUUUAAUGAUGGACACCUCCAUCAAAGGCAUGAAUACGGUUACCGUGGCUGACACUGGUUUUUGCGACUUCCUGUCCAUUACGGAAGAAGAAAGAAAGUCACUCGGAUUACAGACGGAGGAGCUUGAGGAAACCUAUCCGUACGAAUCCCCUGACCCCCUGACCGCCCUGGCCCGCCCCGAGCUAGCCCUGAGCCACCCUGAGCCACCCCGAGCUAGCCCUGACCAGCCCCGAGCCACCCUGGCCGCCCCGACCCGCCCCGAGCCAGCCCUGGCCAGCCCCGAGCCCGCCCUGAGCCACCCUGAGCCAGCCCCGGGGCCCCCGGGGCCAGCCUGUCCCCUGACCGCCCCGACUAGCCCGAGCCAGCCCCGGCCACCCCGACCAGCCCAGCCACCCGCCCCGAGCCACCCUGAGCCAACCCCCGCCAGCCCUGACCAGCCCCGAGCCAGCCCUGACCGCCCCAGCUACCUGACCCCCGAGCCAGCCCUGAGUCAGCCCGACCAGCCCCACUACCCUGCCAGCCCCGACCACCCUGACCCCCUGAGCCACCCCCACCCCGCCCUGAGCCAGCCCCGGCCAGCCCCGACCAGCCUGAGCCCCCUGACCCCCCUGACCAGCCCUGAGCUACCCUACCCCCCCCCGAGCCCCCCGAGCUAG